AUGCCGUGUCCUGUCUUGUUUGCUCAAGUGAAAAUGUGUAAGUUCUGUGGAAAGAAACAUGCUAUAAGAAAGGAAUCAUGUCCAGCAUGGGGGAAAACGUGCAACAAAUGUCACAAAGAGAACCACUUUAGCGUGAAAUGUCAAAGUAUCAACCUAGUUGAAAAUGAAUCCUAUAGUGAUACAACAGAUGAAGACGAAUUGUGGCUCAACGCUGUGCAUGCCAAUAAAACCACAUUGACAGCUGUCAUGAAUGCGAACAACUGCAGUAUUCGAUUUCAGUUGGACAGCGGUGCACAAACAAACACAAUUCAGAAGAAGUAUGUUCGUAAGGAACAAGUGCGCCCGUCCUCAUCUACUCUUCGUGUCUAUGACUCAACACCUUUGAAAACUCUAGGUGAAGUUGACCUACCAGUUACCAAUCCGAAAUCGAAUGAAGUGAUGAAUGUAACAUUUGCCGUUGUAAGCAAUAAACUGCAGAGUUUAUUAGGACUUCAGGUGAUACAGAAGAUGAACCUUAUUACCGUGAACGACGAAAAGUUCAUAUCGAUGGUGGAUACCACAUCAGACCUAGGUGACCUUGGUGAAGCUACACUCGUGGUAGACAACGAAGUACAACCGAAAACUCUCCCUUGCCGAAAACUUCCACUUGCUAUCAAGGACAGAGACAAAUCAGAACUAGACAAAUUAGUAGACAGAGGGAUCCUUGUUCCAGUAACUACACCGACGAGAUGGGUCAGUCAGAUGGCUGUGGUCCACAAAGCAAAUGGAAAACUGAGAAUUUGUAUUGAUCCACAAGCUUUAAAUUCAGCAUUAUUGCGUGAACACUAUAAAUUACCAACUCUUGAUGACAUACUACCCAAGCAUCAGAAAGCCAAGCUGUUUAGCAAAUUGGACAUCAAAGAAGUAUACUGGCAUGUGAAACUGGAUGACCGAUCAAGCUUGUUGACGACAAUGAUCACUCCAUGCAAGCAAGCGAAGAUCAUCCUGAAUGAUGAUAAGAAGGUGAUUGGACUGAAAGAGAUCAUAUUCCAUGGACACAAGAUUACUAGUGAAGGGGUGAAAGCAGAUGAUGGAAAAAUCAAGGCUAUUAUUGACAUGCCAAGCCCAACAGACAUUUCUGGUGUGAAAAGAUUUUGUGGUGUUGUUCAGUACAUGGCCAAAUUCCUGCCUAGCCUAUCUACAACUCUCGAACCACUCAGAACUCUCACACGCAAAAACGCUCCAUGGGCCUGGACUAGAAGUACAGAUAGCAGCAAAGAUGGUCUUGGAGCUGUCCUCCUGCAAAACGGAAAACCUAUCGAGUAUGCAUCUCGAUCACUUACCUCAGCGCAACGAAAAUGGGCUCAGAUUGAAAAGGAGGCACUAUCUAUCCUAUUUGGACUCGAAAGAUUUGAUCAGUAUACUUACGGCAGAAAAGUCAUCAUUGAAAUGAUCACAAACCCCUAG